UAGAUACUAGAUACCGCGGCUACUAAAUAUUAAAAAAGAGAAGGGGCAGCUCAUUCGCGUGUGUAUCGAUAGUCUCACCGACCCGAGUUCCGAGUUUGCUUGGCUGUGUUUUCCAUCCACAAUAAUUCUCAGAACGAACAAAAGUUCCACAGUAGAUAGACAGUCAACUAUACACACACACAACAAACAGAUGCUGUUGCGGCUAUUAUUAACUAUACUAAAGAACUCGAGGGCGACGAUGAUGAUCCUAGUGAAGAAGACUGAAAGUUGAAAGCAACAAGUGAAGCGAUAUACUCGCAACUUUGUGUGUUAUUAAUCAUGUAUAAAUGAAGAAUGUGACCUGGAAUUAAUACCUUUAUACCCACCUAACCUAGUCAGUCAGUCGUUCAAAGUGAUCGUUAAUUAUAUACCCUUGAAACUCGGGAGUGCUUUUAUUAUUUGUUUAUCAUUGAAAACUGUUCUAGUUUUUUUUUUCGCGAUGUUCGUGAAAUAUUUGUGGUAAUUUUUUCUCUAUACGUAUCCAGUCAUUAUGUAAACACACGAUUUCUUGCAUAAACAAAAGUACUUAAAAAUUGGCUUAGUUAUUAUUGGUUGUGGUGAUAAGAUAACGCUGUUUUCUCGCCUUAAUUUUCCGCGAUAAUUCUUCAAAGUCAGUUUAUCAGGAUUUUUUGGAAAGGUCAAUUUUUUUGGAUUUACAACUGCCGAUUUGGAUAAUGCCGCUAAGCACUGUAUGUGUUAGUGUUGCAAGCAAUCGCCCCACGAGAACUUGGUCCGUAUCCAACAUCCCCUCCAAAGAUGCCCGAAAAUUAUACGACAUGAACAGCGCCGAUGACAUUACGACAUAUCGCGAUCCACAGUUCCAUUCGCCCAACUUCCAGAGACGCACUCUCGGCUGCAGUUACGAUUUCCCGGAAAAAACCUACAAAAAAGACAAAAAAUGGUCCAUAGCCAGCAUCUUCCGGCGAAAAAAGAAAGACGAGAGCGAGAGCAGCAGCGAAGAAGAUGCGCAAAAAAAGAAUUUCCUAGGUAGAAGGAAGAAGAAGUCGGAAAGUAAACGGAAAAAACCCGCGAAAUCUGCACCGUUCGAUCACGUCGUUAUGCCUCCGGGUUCCAGAAACUCCCUCAGUUACUCCGGUAACAAUUACCACGAGGACUCGGCUAUUAUGUCCGAUCCUACUGCUGGAAUACCGAGUUACACCUACGCUAAUAGAUCGUUACCGCAAAUUCCCCCGCAGAACAUGAGCGAAUCGUUUUCUGGGUCAGUAGACAGCGUGAGGAAAAGCAAACGGGGACAAGCAAUGGCUCGCGCAGAAGCCAGAAGGAAUUCUUCCAAAAACGGAUCUAGUUCUGAAGAGGAAUCCCACCACUCCAACUCUUCAGUAAUGCUCCACAGCGAAGAGAAUUUAAAAAUCAUCGAAAAACAAAUGAGUAAACGAUCUAGAGCAGCUAGAACUGAACGGUAUUUGAAACGACACUCUAAAGACGGAGAAAAUCCUCAUAACUACUUGAGAGUUUAUAAAUCCGACGCUGAAAAUUGGAAAUACUCCGAUGACAGCAACCGAUCGCCGAGCAGAAGUCCUUUAAUACCUCGAACAGUUACUCCAACCGAAACUAAACAUAAAUUAUCCCAUUCUAGUUUAAAUUCUCAAAGUAGCAACCUAUCCGGAUUGUCUACGAUACCGCCUAGUCAUACCACCCAAACUAGAUACAGAAUAAGCAACAGUACUAGCAAUCCUAAUUAUAAACCGCCGCAAUCGAUGAACGAUUACAAUAACAGCAUGAAGAAGUACCCUAACAACUUCACGACAGAUCAAAGAAGCUAUUCUUGCGAUGAUAAUAUUCACAAGACCGAUGUAUUACACGUUCAAUUCCCCGUAAUGAGGCCAAAACGUGGUUUCAGGAAUUUGAGCCUUAUAGAUGCUUCGCAGCUUCCUAGUAUGCGACAUCCACCACCACCUCCUCCACCUAGAGACCCUAAUCGAACCGUUCCCCCUAAUUAUUUCGAGAGACCCAAUACUUUUUACUUCGAUAACACAGGACAUGCGAACGCUAAGAUGUUUAGCUAUACAAACCCGUACCAAGAACAAAUCAACAAGAAAAGAAUUACCUCGAAUCUCCAUCCUAGCUAUAGAUCUACAUCGGAAGAUCAUCUGGUUAGGAACGCUUUAAAUCUCCCGCUAGAAAUUAGACCGUCUUCUACAACACCCGAAUCUCAAAGGCUAUUUAUCAAAAAUGAAGAUACUAACAAACCUAAACCGGUUAAAGAACAAUACAAUUAUCUUACAGAUAAAAAACCGAGGAGUAGAAAACCGAUAUUUAUCCAAAAUGGAAGUAAAACUGCUCCCACUAAUAGUAAUCCUAAAGAAAACGAAGGAACUAACAAGGCUUUAAACUUCUGGAAGCAAAUCGAUCGGCAAACUACCAUGAACCAAUCGAUUCCAAAGAAAAAUCGUUCCCCCAGCCCGCAAAUGUUUUCUAGUCAUACCCAAGUUCAAACCAAAAUAUUCCUUCCCAGCGCCAUACCAAUUGAAGCUGAUACUACAGUUAAUAAUCCUAUUGUACAAAAAAAUAUAAUAUCACCACCAUCACCACCCGUGAUAGACGCUGUAACUAAAGAAGACAUCAAACGAAAAUCGUGUAAUCUAGAAGAAGCUUUGAACGAAUUAGAAGCUAUUUACAACAGUUUGAAGCUAGGCGACGAAGAUCUGUUGGAACGAGCAGAGCAGAAAGAAAAGGAAAUGCUUGUUAAAAAGUUUGAAUCGUUGAACACGUAUCCUAGUUGCGCUUCUAAAGGAGCGCUGAGCGAUUCUAGCUUUAGCUAUGAACCGUUCGAUACUGUCGAUUCGCCUAGACGUAAGAGAUUAUCAAAAAAGACCCAUAAUCUUAAACUGGAUGAUAUGGCGUUUAGGAAGAUCAACAAAGAUAGAGCGAAUACUAUUGGUGACCCGCAAUCUGUAGUAUCGCAAGUUAGUUAUUUGAUGAGAUCUCCUGUAUUUUCUAGGAAUCACACUGUCCAACAAGAACGAAAUACCAGCGAACCCGAUAUUACCCUAGACGAUGUCGUUUAUAGGAACGUCAAACAUUCUAACAGCGUGCUUAAAGUAGUAGAACCACAACCGCCUUUCGGUAUACCAUUAGGACCGAUAACCCCUGGUGCUAACAGCGAUUACUUGCACGCGAAACCCGAAUUCAUCUACAAACCAUCUUUCAAGCACAAAAAAAUCCCAGACAUCGUUAAAGACGAUCUAGCGUUCAGAAAUUUACGCAAAGACUGCAACAAAGGUCCAGCUCUACCGCCAUUAUCGAACGAAGACUUCAGCAACAACAAUUCGGAAGCCAAUUUGAAGUAUCUCAAAAAGAAGAGAGCCCAACGAUCCAUGUCGGCGAAUAUCGGCAACAUUUUGUGCAAGAACGAUAACGGUGAAGAUGUGGAGAACCAUUUUAAAACGCUAACCGAUAUCGCUGACGCCAUGGAGAUCGCUAGGAAGGUAUUGCGGGAGAAGGAUAAUAAAAUUUCUGCUACCAAGAAAGCUUUUAUGAGCGAUACGGAUGCUACUUAUUCGCACGGAUUUGAUAGUACUAAAGAAAGUCGGUUGAAUUUCUUGAACGAGCUUAGAGGAUCCGUAUCCGGUACUCCGAAGAGUUUAUCUUUGAAGCCACCCAGGGGAUUGACGCCGGAGCGCAGGAGAUCUCCGAAAGAAUCGACACCGAUACCGGUAUCACCUUUAGAAGAUAAACGAUCUAAUAACAGCGAGUCGACACCAUCAUCUUUGGACGACCUGCUGAACGCUUUAGCGGUAGAAGCCAAAGAAACGACGGAGCGAAUUACUUUGGAAUUACAAAAGCUUAGCGAAGACAAAGAUGAUACAGUUAGUAAAAGGUUGUCCGAAAUCGAUGAGGUGUCUCAGAAAGCUAAAUUGUGCGAUAAAUUGUUGGAUAGUAAGGAUUUUAUCACUGUAUUGAAGAACCCUGAUGACGAAGAAGAAGUUAAAAGCAUUUAUGAAGCUCCUGUGAAUGCGGAAUCGGCUACAAUUAUAAUGUCUAGAUUUAAAGGAAAGGAUGAUGAUAGUAAUAAAAGUAUCGAAUCGGAACACGAUUACGAAAAUUUAACGUCUGAUAUCGAAGUUACUUUAGAUCUAUCGGAAGCUGAGCAACGAGAAGUCAGAUGUCUAUCACCGUUCGAAGAAAAGAAGGCUGCAUUGGUAGCUAGCUUUCAAGUAUUGAAAGAUAGUAACGACGCGCCCGUCAAAAUAGUUUCCUUAUACGAUAAUAUCGAUGGCGGUGCUGUUACAGAUAAACAUCCAAUACGGCGUCCUCGACUAUCUAGUUGGCCGCGAUUUUUUAUACAUGGAAACCUGCAAGAUCAUCACAUAGAAAUGGCUGAAAAUCCAGAAUCGAGGUUAGAACGCAUCGCUCGAUACAAAGAAGAAAGACGAAGACAACUCAACGAGCAGUUCUCCUCCUACAAAUCUCCAUCAAAAUCUACGAGAGCUCAAACUACUACAAACUACAAAGAUGGAAACUCAUCCAACGCCUCGGAAAGUCCCAGACCCACAAUAGCAUCUAGACUGCGAGCUGCCGCUUUAUCUCAGAAAUUAUCAGCAAAUAAUGAUGUAAACGAUAGCGAACCGAAAGCAGCAGACAGUAAGAGAAUAGAAAGAGAUAAGAGCAAUAAAAGGAAAUCGAACCUUAAUCGUUCGCUAAACUCUGAGGAGGUUCCAUUGACCGAAUUAAAUAGCGACGUAAAAGACCGUAGACGUCGAAGACGCUUCUUCCCCGCCGAACUAUUUGAAUCAUCGACAGUCUCGAGCUCGGGAUGCGACACCAACACAACAACUGCCUCUUUAACUAGUCCAACUGUAUCACCGAACACUGCCGUCGUCACACCAUCAAAACAAACGCAUAAAAAAUCCGAACUGAGCGAGCACAUGGAGAACGCACGCAGAAACGUCACAUCACCCUACUCCGAAAUGGGAAAAUACAAACCGUACGCCAAACGAGUCGUCACUUCCAAUCCCAAAUCGUCUACCACCAGUCCCAGAUCCUCCACUACUAGAUUAAACGAAAGAGUCCGAUCCAACGAUUCGUUACACAGGUUACCGAGCAGUCCGAAAAGCCAAAGAAUGAUCGCUUCGGACGACGAGAAGACCAAAGCCAUCGCCGGAAGAAUGGAAGGAUUGUCGGCUCUAACCAAACAGACUCUCGCUAGAGUCGAAAGACUGACGAAUAAAAGCAGGGAAUCCCCGAAAAAAGACUUCGAUCAGAAAAAGAAUUACAGGAAACCCGAGCAGGAAAAAUCGCUGCUAUUUUCGAUACUAAAGAAGAAUUCACUCGAUGAAAUACCCUCUAUAAUCGUAGAUAAUCCUUCAUUACCUUGCGCUACGACCACCGUAGGACCGGUAUCUAUUUUAAAACGGAAAGUAUCGCAAGACAGCAACAAAUUAGAACAUUCUACCAAUAACACGCCUCCAGUAACCUUCUCUCCAAGCGUACUAGAACCCUCUACAACCAGACGAAAACAAGGAAUUCUAAAGAAACGCCGAAGCCUGGACGAAUCAACCGUGAUGCGACACCGCAGCUGCAGUCCCGACGUAGCCAACAAAACGGACUCGCGUUCCAUCCUGAAGAACCAACGCAGAUCCUCUUUGGAAGAGCUGAGGAGGACGCAAUCGCCCGAAACGCAUUUGCACAGCAUCUUGAAGCGACGCUCGUCCAAAUACGACGACGACGAUCACUCCUUGAACUCCCCUCAAAGCAUUUUGAAGCGAAGAUCGGGCGCUAGUAGCGCCAGUUCUACCGGUAGUUCCCCGCACGUUUCAAUCACUACCGCCGUCAUUUUAGCCGCAGCCGGUGGCGCCGAAAUGGUUCUAGACUCCGACGGGGAAUCGGUGCGGCCGAUUUUGAAGAAGAAAAGCUUCUCCGAGGAGCACAUGCAUCACAACGAGGCGUUCAACGACGCUCCGAAGCCGAUUUUGAAGAAGAAAUCCAGCACCGAUACGGACGAAUCGGAGGAGAAGCCGCGACCGAUUUUGAAGUUGCCGCGAACUUCCGUGGAAACGGAGAUAGCCGAAUCGAAUGGCGAUUCGAAGAAUUCCAGCGAGACCGAGUGCGAGGUGCGGCCGAUUUUGAAGCAGGGCGGUUUCAGAGAGGAGCCGUCUAGGAGGCUGUCGUUUAGAGCUAGUUUCGGCGAGAACCAAACCAACGGGGAAGAAACGCGUCAAAGACCGACUCGACGUUCUCACACCAUUUGUAGCGAUUUCGAUAUAGAUGCGUUGAAAAUGAGGAACAAAACGGAGAACAGCGACGUGUCCAAGCCGAGACCGUUUUCCGUGUACGAAUUGGUGAUGUCGUUCGAGCAAAGCAGCUCGACGGGAGCCGUGCCGAAAAGGAGCCAAUACAAACGGACCAGCAACAGAUAUAAAACGCAACCGGUUACUAUUAACGAGUUGGAAGCGAGUCGCAACUUGGUGAAGAGUCCGCAACGUUUCAACGACGAUCGAGCCAGUUCGAAUUUUUCUAAAAAUUGCGAUUCGCAUUCGCUGUUGGAUUUCACUUCGUCCUUGGAAAAGGACGACGAUGAUAUGAAGAGUUUCUUUUCGUCGUCGAUGCAUAACGAGGACAGCCCGGAGAGUAUCGCGUGCGAAAAAAUGUCUUCCGAUUCGGCUUUUCAGUCCUUGGGCGAUGGGCUCGAACUAGAACAGGUAGACGAACAAGUUCAUGAAUCUGAACACGAACAAAUUAUUUCAGAACAUAGACAGGAGUUCUCCGAAAAACGAGUAGAUAACAAUGACACCAUCAACAAUACUUAUAAACUGGAUUUAUCCAAUGUAACCGUCGAUAGAACCCGCUACCGAUCCAGACGACACGGCUCGAGUUCGCAAUUCCUCACCCAACCCGUCACGCUCGAGGAAAUCCGAGCAGCGGCCGAAUUAUCUUCGGCGGCCGACGAACGCGCCGCCGCCGAUCAAAAACGCAUAUCGAACGCCGCGACGGGAACGUCACCCGAUAAGGACGACGAAGGAAUAUCGUGUAACGAUUCAGGUUCCAGUUCGGAUUCCGAUUCGUCCAGGAACGCGAAGGGACGAAAGGACGAGCGGAAGGCGAAGGAAAUUCGAACGAAGUUCGGCGGCGAUAGUACUUCCGACGGGGAAUCUUCCGGUGGCCGAGAGAUCAAGAGUAUUUUCAAAAAAGACAGUAUAAUGCAAAUGAGACUAUCGCUAGAGGGCGUCAUAUCGAAAAGCAAAAGCCAAGAAUCGUUAGGUAAUGAAUUCAAAUCGCAGCUCAGAACCAAACGUAGCGAUACUCAGAACAACAUGCCUCAAGCCAUCGCCGAUCUCAGAGCCAAGCUCAAAAUACAAGGCGAAUCGGAAUGGCGGAAGAGGGUCUCCCUACACAACAAUGCUAGUGACGAACUCAAAAUGCUGAAGGAAAAAAACAGAAACAACGAUGAAAUUUCGGAAAAAUCUUUGCUGUCAGCCAAAAAGGUCGAACUGGACGCGGCUUCCAAACAUUGGAAAUCUAGGGUGGAAAAAUCUGACGCCGUAAAAUUUUCGGUAGCCGGAAAAAUGAACAACAAAGUCAACGACGCCGUUCCCACCAUCAAUUUACCGGCCGUCAACAGCGCGGAUAAAAAAAUACCGCAACAGAAGACAUUCAAACUAAAAGAAGGGUCUGGGUCUGUAUCUACGUCUCCAGAAAAGAACAGCUGCGAUUUGAUUAGAAGUCAUUCUCUGUCGUUUUCUACAAGGUUUAAUUUUAAUUCGCCAGACUCGGACGGUUCGACUAAAAUAACGAAAAAAUCCGUGACGGUGCUGAAUCCCGACGACGUCACGAUUAGGAAAUUUUUCAAAAGUUACGAGGAAAUCGACAACAAGGAUCGAACGGAUUUCUCGCUGGACGAUUUUGACGCCGUUCAGCGACAGUCUUUGUUGGUUAUAAAGAAAAACGUGAGAGCACAAAAACGCAGAGGAGCUUCCAAUAAUCCCAUCAAAGCGUUGGCUUCCAGGACUGACAUUUCUAACGAGUAUACGGAGAUUUUGACUGGCGUGGCGGAGAGAGAGAAAAAAAGACUUAAUAUUGAAAAAUUGGCGAAAAAUUCUGACAAAGCGCUAGAAGCUUUAGCCGGUUUGACUAGUAACGAAGACUUCAAAGCCAUCGCUUUGAAAAAGUCUUCGGGUCCCGUAGGGCAAGUCCCUUGGAAGGACGUGAUGCUGCUGCAGGUCAAAGGAAGGCGUCACGCCCAAAUCAGACUAGUCGAACCGUCAGCCAAUAGCAUCAAUGAAGGUGAUAAUUACAUCCUCGUUACGUCGAAGGCUCUUUAUAUAUACACCGGCGCUCUGUCCAACGUUAUAGAGCAGUCUAGGACGUCUGACAUCGUGAAUCACAUGAAAAAGACUGGAGAUUUGGGUUGUAAAGGGAAUAAUGUUAUCAAUAUUAGCGCCAAGGAUAAGUCAUCAAAAGAAGCUGUGGAUUUCUGGAAGAUUCUAGGCGCUGAUACUGUACCGGACACCGUUGAAGCGGGACAUCCAGACGAAGAUGAAACAUACGAAUCGAACAUCCUCCUAACCAAUAUGAUUUACACGCUGGAUAAAGACGAACUGGUUCCGUGCGACAAAUAUUGGGCAUCUAUACCCAAAGUUGAAAUGCUGAAAGACACCGCUAUAUACGUGUUUGAUUUCGGAUCGGAAAUGUACGUGUGGAGCGGCAAAAACGCAUCGCCCGUUAGGAAAAAGAUCGCUCUGAAGGUAGCCAAAGAAAUGUGGGACGAAGGCUACAAUUACUCCGAUUGCGACGUGUGUCCGUUGAACGUGGCUUCGGUAUUAGGCGCCAGGUCGCGGGAAAAAUUACCGUUACACGCGAACGCCCGACCGAAAUGGGCGUUGUUCGCCAAAUUGACGCAGCACCGCGAAACGAUCUUGUUCAAAGAGAAGUUUUUGGACUGGCCGGAUUUCAGUAGAGUGAUUAGAGUGCGGAGCAGCGAGAGUUUGUGCCGGAACAACGUUUCGUUCGACGUGGAGCCGUGCGAUGUCGAGGAGAUGAUCAAAGAGAAGGAUAAAGAACCGGAUUUGAUCGUGGAGAAUGUACAUAUGGGACGUGGGGAUCAGUAUUUUGAUGAAGAGACUAGAAGGCUGUUCGUUUUUGAAACUUUAGACGUUACAGGUUGGAGAAUUUUGGAACAUAGUUACGAAAAAUUAUCAGACAAAUCGUUGGGCCAAUUCUACGAUGGCGACAGUUAUAUAUUCCGCUGGGACUUUAGACAGACUGUAAGAGGCAGGGAACUGAAUGGAAAUCCUUCAAAACACGCCGCAGUAGGACGUAACAGAUGCAUAUUCUUUUACUGGCAAGGUAGUAAUUCUUCUGUAAAAGAAAAAGGAAUAGCGGCUCUGCUAACGGUAGAAUUAGACAAAGAAAACGCUCCUCAAAUCAGGAUAGCGCAAGGAUUCGAACCUGCGGCGUUUCUACAACUUUUCAACGGUAAAAUGGUAGUCAAUAAGGGCAAAAGGGAUACUAACGGACAGAAAACUAGAUUGUUUAUUUUGCGCGGUGAAAAAGAAAAUGAAAUUUAUUUGAUGGAAGUGUCUUUGGCUAUGAGUUCGUUGAGAAGUAGAUCGUCGUUCGUGUUGUUCGAUACGAGUUCUAAACAGGUGAUCAUUUGGCACGGUAUCAAAUCCAAACCCGUAAAACGAAAAGGCAUAAAAGUAGCCGUGGAUAAUUUCAUAAAAAACAAACCGCAUAAUUUAUAUUUGGAAUAUUACAAAGAUGUAAAUAUCAUCGAAAUAGUAGAAGGUUCCGAAACCGAAGAUUUCCUGAAUAUUCUCGGCAACGAUAGAAACAGUUAUCAUUCUCUGCUUGAUUCGAAAGAGCCGUUCGAUCAUACUAUUAGAUUGUUUAGGAUGUGCAAUCUCACAGGCGAAUUUCUGGCUACAGAGAUUCUCUGCCCGCACAGAAGUCUAGAUUGCAGUCCGUAUCCGUUCAUGCAGACCGAUCUUUAUUCAGCUAGUCAACCAGCUCUAUUCUUAAUUGAUAACAAUUACGAACUAUGGCUGUGGAUGGGCUUCCCGCCCGAAAAAAACACGGACGACGAUCCGUCGCUCGAUCAAACCGGUUCUUUGGCGGUUCGAUGGCAAGCCGAACGCAAGGCCGCCAUGCAAACGGCCGUCGAAUUUUGGCGAAGGAAACACGGCGACAAACGGGUAAACGCUUAUCUAGUAUCGGCCGGACUGGAACCGGUGGCGUUUAAAAAUUUGUUUCCCGCGUGGGAGGAUCAAUUGGACAUCAUGGAGUUGAAUAAGAAGAUCGAGAAAGACGAUGAAAUGUUACCGCUGGAGAAAGAACUGGCUCUUCUAUCGAGAACGACUUAUCCCCUAUCCGAUCUGCUUCACAGGCCUCUACCAGAGGGCGUCGAUCCGACAAACAUUGAAAAAUACCUUUCCGCUGACGAUUUCCAACAACUCCUGAUGAUGACUAAAGAAGAAUUCGAUAAACUUCCGUCGUGGAAGAAAACCAAUCUCAAAAAGGAAAAGGGACUUUUUUGAUAAUCAUUAUUCGUUUAUUGUUUCUUUCUUUUUGUACCGAUCUUUAAUACUUUAAUAAUCUGUAGUUUUGUAAGAUAGAACUACUCGGAUCAAUAUCUAAACUAGAGAAUGCUCGGAAAAUAUUUUUGAAACCCAAGUAAAAAGCAUAGCGUUGAAAGGCGUUUUUGAUUUAAGAAUUUCAGAUUCACUUGCGCAUCGGUCGGCCGAUCCGUUAUUAAUCGAAACUCUGUUUCGGGUAAAACCAUGGAGAAUGUUGAGAAAGAGGCUGGAACUCUGUUUUGGGUAAAACUGUGGAAAAGAGCAGGAACUCUAUUUUAGUUUAUCGUGAUUGGCUGCCUAACACAAGUGUUUAAUAAGUAUACAGGGUGUUCCUUGAUGAUGUACGAAUAUUUUUGUAACGGAACAUUUUUGAACGACAUUAAUUUUUCAUGUAGAUUAGCACCGUUAAUAAUUCGAAUAUCAUUAAGGAACGAUUUGGUUAAUAAAAAGAGAUGGAAAAUCAAAAGUCUGCAUAUUUAAACAGUGCUAAUUAAUAUAUUUGAUAUACACUUUUAAUAAACUUAUUUAUGAAUAUAUUACGAGAAUUUUGCAAAUCUACUACAUAAAUAUAUACCCAUUACGGUUUUUGACGUUAUUUGUUGUUUAAUCCAUCCGAUUUUUUUUUAUUAGUUGACUAGCUUAUAAAAAAUUAGUCGUUCAUGUUAUACAGGGUGUUGAUUUUAAAAUGUAUUUGUGUCACUUGUAAUGAGGAAGUUUUUGUCUUCUUUUCUUACUAACAAAAUCAGUGAUGUAGGUAGUUAUAUAGAUUGAUUAGUUCGCCCAUUUGUAAAUAAGAUGGCGAAAAUAAUCGAUUAAUUGAAAAUCUCAAUAAAUGAUCGAUUAAUAAUUUUUUUUCGAUUUAUCGAAAAUAAUCUUAUUUGAAAAUUAUCGAUAAUCGGAAAUAAUCGAUUAAUAAAAAAUAAUCGAUUAACCGAAAAUAUUUCAUCUAUAUAGAUUAAUCGAAAAUAAUUAAUCGACAAUAAUGGAGUAAUUAAAAUAAUCGAAUCAUCGAAAAUAAUCGAUUAAUCGGAAAUAAUCGAUCAUUUGAUAAUAAUCUAUAAUUCCAAAAUAAUAGAUUAACUGAAUAUAAUCGAUUAUUCGAGAAUAUUUGAUUAUUUGAAAAUAGUCGGUUAUUCGAAAAUAAUCGAUAAAUGGAGAAUAAUUGAUUAAUUAAAAAUAAUCGAUUAAUCUAAAAUAGUCGAUUAAUCGAGAAUAAUCGAUUAAUCGCAAAUAAUCGAUAAAUUGAGAAUAAUUGAUUAAUUAAAAAUAAUCGAUUAAUUAUUAAAAAUAAUCGAUUAUUCGAAAAUAUUUGAUUUAUCGAUUAUUCGAAAAUAGUCGACUAAUCGAAAAUAAUAGAUUAAUUAUUAAAAGUAAUCGAUUAAUAAAAAUAAUCUAUUCGAAAAUAUUUGAUUAAUUAAAAAUAAUCGAGAAUAAGCGAUUAAUCGGAAAUAAUCGAUUAUUCGAAAAAAUCGAUUAAUCUAAAAUAAUCGAUUAUUCGAAAAUAAUCGAUUAUUUGAAAAUAGUCGAUUAUUCGAAAAUAAUCGAGAAUAAUCGAUUAAUCGAAAAUAGUCGAUAAGUUGAGAAAAAUUAAAUAACUAAAAAUAAUCGAUUAAUCGGAAAUUAUCUAUAAAAUGAG